AUGGCUCCCUUUGAUCUGGAGAACAUCCAGGGCGAUAUAUGGCCCGGCCUGCCCAAACGACAGGAGGUAUUUCUGUUUUUCCGCAUUGCGGAUGACGCGAGUCAACGGCAGAAGUUCAAAGAGUAUCUUCGGAACCUUAUUCCUGACAUCACAACUGCCAAAGCUGUUUUGGACGCUAGAGCUCGCAUUCGCGAAGAAAAAGACAAAACUGCUGCCGAUGAUGAGGCCUCGAAGCUGUUGCCAUGGUCCGGUGUCAACAUUGCCUUUUCUUCUACAGGUCUAGCUGCUUUGGGAAAGCAUAUAAUGAACACGAAAGUAAAUAUGGAAGAGAUCAGAAGAGACCCGGCGAAAUGGCGCGAGCUGAAGAAAAACCAAAUUCGCGGGGACUUGUUCGACAAAGGCAUGUUUGACGACUUGGUUUACGAGGGCUGGGAUGAUCCGCAGGAGUUACGUCGAGAAUACAAAAAAGACCCCGAGACAAAACAGCGGCAGAUUGACGGAGUAGUCUUCGUCGCUUCAAGCACACAGAAGCAGCUGGAGAAGGCCGUUGGUCUGGUCAAGGAGAAGCUGCAUAUGCGUGACAUUGACGAUGACAUUGAUGAGGAUGCUGCUUGCAAAUUGAUUUUGACCCGAAAGGGAAAGGCGCGACCACGCCAAUUGAAAGGCAAGGAACACUUUGGCUUCCAAGACGGAAUUUCACAGCCCCAACUCGAAGGGCUAGACCCACCCCCGAAGGGGGAAAAAGAGCCCAAAGCCGUCCCUCCAGGACUCAUCCUUAUCGGGCACGACGGUGACGCCUUGAAACAACCCGCGUGGACCAAGGACGGCAGCUUCAUGGUUUUCCGCGACCUGCAGCAACUUGUUCCUGAGUUCGAUCAAUUUUUGGAAGACAAUGCUCAUGCAUCUCGGAGCACCGAGAAAAGUCCCGCUUCGGCUAACAAGCUCGGUGCGCUCAUAAUGGGGAGGUGGAGGAAUGGAACCCCUGUUGAUCUGAAUCCGCACGAUGAUAAUGAUCCUUCUCUUUACAGAUCAAAUAACUUCAAUUACACUCCAGUUGGAUCACAUGAUAGGUGUCCUUUCGCUGCGCAUAUCCGCAAAAUGCGUCCCCGAGCUGAUCUCGAUGACGAUGAGGCAGUCAUCAUCCGCCGUGGAAUAGCCUAUGGACCUGAGGUCUCAGAAGAAGAAAAGCGAAAUAAGAAGACAAGCAAGGAGCGUGGUAUGCUGUUUGUCUGCUAUCAAAGUGACAUUAGAAACGGAUUCAACUUCCUGACUACGCGUUGGGCUAGCAACCAUCACUUCCCAAGUAACAAGUAUGAUGCUGUCGGCCUCAGCGGACCGGGAAUCGAUGGGAUCGCCGGCCAGCGUCUCGCCCACCACCCUCCUCGAAACAUGGGCUUGCCAGACGGCAAGAAGCCUAGUGAGGCACGCCUGAGCCUAGGGGCGUGGGUUACCCAUAAAGGGGGGGAAUACUUCUUUACUCCGUCCCUCAAGGCGCUUCGGGAAGACCUAUCGUCGGCUCCUUUGCAAGCAAAGCUUUAA